AUGUCAGCCAUGUCACCUGACCGUAACCAAUCAGCUGAAGGUUUUCCUCCCCUGCCUCCAAACUUCCAUGAAAUGGCAAAGACCCUGAUGAUCAAAUGUUCCAAACAAGGUCCUGUGCUCCGCACCAAUCACAACCCCAACGACACCACAGGACCCCCCGUAGACGAGGCAGACUGGAACGUAAUGGAGAACAUGUGGAACUGCAGCAGUCUACCACAACUCAUCGAACUCAUGAAAAAUACCACGAAUAGUCCGCGUUGUUUCAUGCGAGCAUUUGCAGCUCCUCUUGCCUGGUUGGUUGUGUCCCAAAAGGGGGCGAAUGUCGACGCAGAGGUUCUUGGGAAAUUGCUGUGGGCAGCCAAACCCCUCCUAGAGACCAUGCCCCCUGCUCAGAUAGACCUGCCCCCCAAUCUGGACAACCCUCGUCUGGAUGAAAUGAUGAAGCUGUUUAGGGAGGUGUUUAGUUCUUUCUCUGAGGAACAGAAGUCCAGGAUCAGAGAUUGGGUGAAAGAAAGAGUGGCAGAGAACGAAUUCCGCUGCACCUUAAAACCACAAAGACUGAUCAUUGUUCCCCUGCCCAGUGACCCAAAACCCUCAGGCCUCAAACCCACAGACACAAGGCCUCCACAGCUGGCAAACAUGAAACCAAUGGCGGGUGACUCUGAUCUAAAGGCCUGUUCUCCCAGAAUGCCCUGGCUGAAGGCUAAAGUGCUGAGAAUGAUGGGACGCUUUGUUUCCCAGUUGCCCCCGCAAGACAUCAAGACUAUCCCACAGAAAGAGCUGUGUGAGUUUUACGAGGCGCCUGAGUUCCCCACAUCCUUCCAGGCAGUGGGGGAGGUACAGCCCUCCCUGGGUAGAACUCUCCUCACCAGACUGAGACGGGAAUGUUCUCCUGACCAUCAGAACUUUCUCCAAAACAUGGACAGGCUUGGUUCUCUGGCCUGUUUCUAUGAUGACGACACCUCGUCUCUAGACGUGAGUCAGAGUAAGAAGUUUCUGUCUCAGCUGAAGGAAUGUCAUACCUCUGCCACUGAUAAGAUUAAGAAACAGCUGGUGAAGAAGUUACUUGCGACAGGUGAAAACUCUCCAACCCCGGAGUUGCUCCAGUCCCUAGGUCCAGGGGUGUCUGUUCUGCCCCCCUCCACCCUGUCCAAGUUCAGUCCAGAGGCCCUAAAGAACACUCUGUCCAGCCUGAGUCAAACCACCUGGAACCCAGCUCAGGCUAAAACCCUGGCCAAAGCUCUGCUCAAUGACUCUGAGAGUAUAACAGGAGUGAAGCUGCUCUCUCUGGGGUCAGUGGUGAGAGGGGUGGGCAGUGCCAUCCUUAAAAAGGUCAAAGCAGAGGGGCUUCUGGGAAGUGAAGGCCUACAGAGUGUGAGUGAGAAGAUGUCCUCCCUGCAGAAGAAAGCUCUGCUCAAAGGGCUGAGUGAUGGUGUGAGUGUGCCUGAGCUGGUGAAGAAGGCUCCAGAUUCUCUCCUGUCCACUCUGUCUCUGUCUACUCUUGAUAAAGCUGAUCUCAGCACAGUGGAUGAAGUGGGAGGCCGCAGCUGGACCCGAGCUCAGUCCGCUUUCUUAGUGAAGAAGAUUCUUGGAGAGAAGGUUAAGCCGGGGCAGAUACGGAAGCUGGGGAAAGCUGUACAGGGCCUGACCUGUGCCAUGAUUGACAGCGUCAGUCAAAACGAAACCAUGGAAACCGCACAGGCACUCUCCGAGUCUUCUGAUUGCCUCUCUAAAACUCAGGUACGCUGUGCAGCCAAGAAGCUGUUUGCCAGUCUGGAGAGACAGAGAGCGUCUUAUUUUGCCAAUGUCACUGACUCAGAGCUGCAGGCCAUUCCUGUUUUUCUUCUCAUCCACUUACCAGUGGGACAGAUCGCGCGUCUCCCGGAUGCCGUGUGUCCUCGUUUCCUGGAGAUGAUGAGUCAAGCGAACCUCUCCUCUCUGCCUUAUAAUGCCCCACAGCGACCUGCUCUGACUGCCAAAGCACUGACCUGUCUGGGUAAGAACAUGUCGAACCUGUCGUCUGUGGAGGUCUCAUUCCUGGGGUCGUUGGUGUGUGAGAUGAACGCGUCUCAGGUGUCCUCUCUGUCCCCUGACGUCCUGAACAUGACCCUGCUGACCCUGGCCUCCUGCCCCCGCAUACCACCGCAACACCGCCCCCAACUGUACACCCUCGUCGUAGACACGUUUGGGGACCCCUCUAAUUGGUCAGAGGAUGACAUGACAUCACUGGGGCCCCUCCUCCUGCUGAACGGCACUACUGUGAAGUCUCUACCAUAUAAGCCCUGGCUGAAGUCUGCUCUGUCCUACCUGUUGGACAGCAUGCCAGAGGAGCCAAACCUCUCCAUCCUCCGCUGGAAGAUGUUCACCCUGACCACCGGGGGAGCCGGAGAGCAACCCCCAGCUCAGCGCCGCAGGAGGAGAGAGGUCAACUCGUUACUGGAGCCGACCGUGUCCCUGAUUGAGGAACUGGGGGAGGGGAACAUGUACUGGAGUCCAGCCCAACUGGCCGACAUGAGUGUGCAGACCUUCACAGACACUGUGCCCACACUGGGAGCAAUACACAACUACACAGCAGAGCAACUGUCUGUGCUCAGAGAGAAAGCCAUAGAGGCCUGGGGUCCCGUAGCGUCGCUGAAUGAGUCUAAGAUUGUGGAGUUGGGGUGUGUGUCUCAGGGCUUCACGCCUGAGGAACUCCAGAAUCUCAGCAUCAGCUCUGUGGACACACUGGAGAUACUGUCAGCCUGCCGCUGGAACCAAACACAGAGGGAGGCCAUGUGGCGCGGCUUUAUGAAGAGGACAGGGAUGAAUGUGUCCAAACUGGGAUCUCCGGAAAUAGUGGGACUGGGCCAGUUCAUUUGUGGGAUUAGACCUAACGAAACAGAACAGCUUCAAACAGACGCAUUCAGGGAGUCUGUGGAGGUUGUGGGUUUUGUACACUGCCCUCUGAACAUGAUGGAAAAACUAAAAGACAGAGCAGUGGCUGUGUUUGGGGAUCCGUCCACCUGGAGCGAGGCCCAAGUCAGUGCUAUGGGCAAUCUCAUUGCUGGUCUGAAUGCUUCAGAGUUGCAGAGGCUCAAUGCCUCCGUCCUGCCAUUCAUCAGUCAGUCUGCUAUUCCUCUCAUUCUUCCAGGUCGCCUCGCUGCACUCUCAGUAAGCCAGCUGAGGGCCAUGGGUCCUGACAAUGCUGCCAUGGUGACAGAGGCUCAGCGGGCGGGAUUUACGGAGACCCAGAGAUCGGCAUUGGCUGAAGCUGAGGGCACGUCCUACUCUCGUAAUGAGGAGCCCACCCAGAGUCCCCAGAAUGCAUUGCCACAACAGGGAGGGGCGCCGAGAAUGAGCACUCUGGGAAUUGUAGUCCUGCUUCAGCCCCUCCUACUGAUGCUGCUGGGAUUUGUAGGCUAA